UCGUAUCUCCAUGGUCGGUGCUCUCAUGCAAAUAAAUCGUGUGUUCUUCGCUGGAAACGCGUUGUCUCGCUACGAUCUUGUCCAACAUCGUUGAUUCUCUCGAGCUGCGUUCAACGAGCGAGUCGCGUACAACCCUGUCGUAUCGUGGAUUCGUAGUAUCAGAGACCGCAGCAACGUGCUUUAUUGCCGCGAAGAAAAUAAUGCUGGUUCGCGCGUUCGCCGAUUUUUCUCGACAGUGAAUUUCAAUAAUCCGAGUGUAAAUUACAUCGUGAAGCAUGGAGCGUGGCAAAAUUUCCUCGUGCACCUUCUCCUCCUUCUUCUUCUUCUUCUUCUUCCUUUCGUUAUUAUUAACGAUCUUUUGCACGUCCAUCCAAGCGUCCACGCAAGACCCGGUCUCCAUGAGGCAGGUACUUCCAGUGUACGCGGUUAUGGAGAACAUCGAUCUUUUGAAUUCCAGCAGAUGUCGGACGGAGAUAGAAGAACUUCGUAACGCGGUGGACAAACGAAUAACUUGGGGCCUGAGAGUGAUGGACACCAGUGGCGUGCCACCCAGGGGAUUUCUCCAUGGGAAUAAUUUUUGGUUAGGAGAUCACAAAAGUUGCUCUAUCCUCUCUCAAAAUACCACGCUACCUCUCUCGGAGAAAACACAAAAGAACAAUUCGAUAUACCGGAAUCCGAACGAGGAGUUUCCACCUUUUCAGCUUCGUUUCUUUGUUGGACGUAUAUGGCACAAUAGCACCGUGCAAUAUCAUAUAGAGACAGAAAAGGAAAACUUGAUCACGCUUGGACUUUGCUUGCCGGCAUCCUGCAGCAAGCGCGAUGUAGCCACGAUGCUGGACAAAGUGUUCCGUGACGAGACGCUUUUGAUCGGAAAACUUUUUUCCAUUGGCUUCGGAUUGAUCGAAGUCGACGAUUUGGUGGACGAUCAUCAAUGGCUCCUCUCUGCGAAGAUGAUCUCCAUCGUCGGAUUUCUGCUAUUGUUGGUUGCUAUCGCGAUAGGAGCCACGCUGUACGAUUUUUUCGUACACCAAGGAGCAAAAGAACACGGCAAAAGAGAAUUUCUUACCUUUGAAAAUAACAAUACGAACGAAUUGAAGAGCGAAGCAGAAGAGAAAUGCGAUACCGAUCACGAAGAACCGGUACUGUCCGAGCCGAGGCAGCAGAGUCGUAUCUUCCAGUAUCUUCUCUGUUUUUCCAUUUUUUCCAAUAUGCAUCAAAUAUUUCAUCAAGAAAAGAGCGAAGAUAACACGCGUAUAUUUCACGGCCUGAAAUUCUUGGGAAUGGUAUGGAUUAUUACGGCGCACUCCAUCUUCUACUCGCUUCAUACUAUGGGUAACAAAAUCGUUCUCUAUACGAUAACCGACACUGUACCCGCGCAAAUCCUAAGCAACGCCACGUAUUCGGUGGACACGUAUUUCUUUAUCAGUGGAUUUCUGUUAACGCAUAUAUUUCUGAAGCAACGAGAAAAAGACAAGAGAAUUCCGCCUAUAAUAGCAAGGGCGAAUCAACUUGUUAAAAUGCUCCUGAAACGAUAUAUCAGGAUUACGCCUGCAUAUUUCAUCGUUAUAUUGGUCGUGAUACUGAAUUUUUCCUGGCACGAUCGUGUCUCGUUAGUUCUUCCUAUCGAGCAACCGAGUUCCAAGUGCUCGAAAUAUUGGUGGACCAAUAUACUCUACAUCAACAACUUCUACAAUUGGGACGAGUUAUGCCUGACCUGGAGUUGGUAUCUACCCAAUGAUAUGCAGUUCUUCAUAUUUGGCAGUUUGCUCCUAAUGUUAUCUGUCACACAUUACAAUAUCGCCCUGGCAAUGGGCGGUGUUACGCUGCUUUCGUCCAUAGGAACAACCCUUUACGUGGCGUACUCUAUCGAUUACCACAUUGCAUUGGACGAACAAUAUAGAACGUUGACGUACCUUUAUUUACGGCCGUGGGUCAGAAUACCGCCGUAUCUCAUAGGAAUGAUCACGUGCCAACUUCUUUCAAAGUGGAAUUACCAACUACAUUUAUCAAAAAGAAGCUGGUUCAUUGGCUCGAUAUUGGCUGUUUUCUGUAAUUCUAUGAUUCUAUUCGGCACAGCGAUCAGAGGCAUGUCCUUGACUGUAUCCGUCCUUUAUGCGGGCCUCGGUAGAACAUUCUGGACCAUGGGUAUUGCCUGGCUCACAGUUGCGUGCGCGACGAAUCACGCCGGUAUGGCGAGAAAAUUCUUAUCGCUAGAUUUUUUCGUUCCUUUGAGUAGAUUGACCUACUGUGCUUAUCUACUAAACCCUAUUCUUAUACUUUCGUUACAUUCGUUGCGUGUUUAUCCCUAUAUCGCUGAUGAACUCAUAAUUGGUGCUUUGUCCCUUAUAAUGACUAUUACUACUUUUAUCGUUUCGAUUCUGUUAUCCGCAAUAGGAGAGGUGCCGUUUAUAUUGCUCCUUCGAUUACACAAUAAUCCACAAAGAAAGAAAUGAGUGUAUACUAAUAAAUAUCUCCAAGUCCUUUAAUCAAUAAACUAAUGGAAAGAA